AUGUUGAGAUAUUGUAAGCCUGCUUUCUUGUACCUGGAUCUGUGGAAUUCCGUCAACGCACAUCUUCGGGAACGAGCGGAGCUGUUGCUCGUGCGCUACUCGCAAAGAUGGGUGAAGCACUUCGUUCGCAAGUACUUGCAGCUAAGUCCGGACCACGGAGACCGAGCCCGGGAUGUGAUGGCGAUCCCUCCACGUCACCUCGUAUCAGCCAUGUGUCCUUGUCAGUUCAUCGAAGACCACCUGCACUACAAACCCACAGGCAAGUGGUAUUCCUGCACCGGCGACAAUUCCUGUUGGAAACGCACCUUUCUUGACAUGCCCUCGUUUGGGUUUGAUUGA